CGUGAUUUACCUACGUUACAGGAAUUUAAGUCGUUUUUGCGUGCUCAAGCUGACCUUCAAGAGACACUGGACCAGGCAGGUACCGGUUCCAGUGAACAGCCUUCCACCUCGGCGCGGAAGGUCAUGCUGGCCACGUCCUCUCCUGGCUCUCAGAGUAAGGUACCACCUAACAACAAUACCAAUACCCGUCGUAAUCAAUGUCCUAAUUGCAAAGAGAGUCACUACAUCAACCAAUGCUCAAAGUUCUUGGCUCUGAAAGUACCGUCACGCAUCCAAUUGAUUAAGAAAUUAGGCCUUUGUCUUAACUGCUUAGGUUCAAACCAUAUCUUACCAAAUUGCAAAUCUUCGAACUGUCGAACCUGUAAACGAAAGCACCACACUUUAUUACAUAUUACUCAAAAUGACACUCCACAACCGAGUACGUUACCACAGCCACAGUUAUCAACUAUGUAUAACCCAGAACCUAUUCGUACCAAUGCUGAAUCUCAAUCAGUAAACUUAUUUACAAACCAACAAAUAACCAACACCACUUUAGGCACGGUUGAUAACAAUUUACCAAUUCAACACAAAGCGAUUUUGCUUUCUACUGCGCAAAUAACUGUUGUAGAUAUCAAUAACCAAUUACAUACAAUGCGAGCCUUGUUGGACUCAGGUUCACAGUCAAACUAUAUUACUCAAAGUGCAUUUAAUAAAUUAAAUUUAAAGGCACAAAAAUUAGAUAUGGAGGUCAUUGGGUUUAAUGAAAAUGUAACCAAAAUUAACCAAUUGUGCAACCUAAAAGUAAACUCAAUGGACAAUACAUUCUCUACCAAUUUGUCUUGCUUUAUUGUACCUAACAUUUGUAGUUUGCCUUCGUACUUACCAAGUGCGCAGGGUCUAAAUAUACCUAAACGAAUUAAUCUUGCAGACGCCUCAUUCUAUAAAGGGGGUGAAAUCGAUAUCAUCAUCGGUGCUGAACUAUUCUACCAACUACUAUGCAUUGGCCAACACUGUCUCGGAGACGGUUUACCAAUUUUACAAAGAACUCGAUUAGGUUGGGUGGUUUCAGGCUGCGUCUCUGUAGUAAACAAACCCUUACAAGUAAGAUGCAAUUUUACUCUUAAUUCAAAUAAUUUUUUGAGAGACUGUGACCAGAUAUUGAAAUCUCCAAAUGAUGAUACCACAUAUUGUGAAAAUGUCUUUGCGACACACACAAGAACAGCUGAUGGUAAUUUCACUGUCAAAAUGCCCCUUCAGGAGCCUGUCACAAGUCUCGGGUCAUCUCUACCAAUUGCAUACAAACGAUUUCGAUCACUAGAAUCUAAAUUUGAGAAAAAUCCAGAGUUUAAAGAUAAAUAUGUAGAGUUCAUGGACGAUUUUAUAAAUGCAGGGCAUAUGAUUGAGAAAACAACCUCUGAGCCUUGUAAUUACUUACCUCACCACGCAGUCUUGAACCCUCAAAAAACAACAACACCUUUGCGAGUAGUUAUUGAUGCAUCCUGUAAAACCAGUAGUGGAAAGUCUUUGAAUGACAUACAACACAAGGGUACAAUGGACCAAGAUAGUUUGGAUAAUAUUUUGAUACGAUUUCGAAAACACAAAUAUGUUAUUAGUGCAGAUAUAAAAAAAAUGUAUAGGAACAUAUUUAUUGACCCAACACNUUUGCAUUUGUGUUAA